AUGAUUGAGCAAGACCUAGGAAUAAGUCUAACCGCAGAAGUCAAGGAGGCUAUCAACACUUGCAUCAAGCAUAUUUGUGAUCAGCUUGCUGCUCUUUCAUCUGUUCAGAUUCUCGGGCCCAAUCCAAGCUGGACAUCUAUCCCUCAAGAGGACCGGACCAGAAUGUGUGUCAGUCAUUCACAUGCGCUCAAGAAUUAUGAAAUUAAUUUCAUUAGAUGUCAUAAAAACUGGACAUCAAUCACAAAGAGAUUCCACUGCGAUUCGCGAGAAUUGCCAGCUCAAUCCCAAGCUAAAUCUCCAGCUGAAUCCCCACCGGAAUCCCCACUUUUUUCCCGUAGUGAAUGA